UUCCCAACGUAAAGUACAAUUUAAAAAUUUUAAGCUCCCGAGUAAAAGAAUGAUCGGCAGUCAACUGCUGGGGAACCUGGGCGCCCCAGUGCCUGCGGAGUGUGCAGUCGGGUGUGGGCACGGACAGGGGGAGUGGGCGAGGCUGCUGGUUGGUGCCUGAAAUCUGUGCGUUGCCCCUUUAAUUGUGUCCUCAGCCCUCGGGCGUUUCUGUCCAACGCCCACGUCAGCAAAUACCUUUUGUUUCUCCCACGUUGGGGCUACUUGUUUUAGGGCGCAAAGCCUCGGCUUCGGAAGGGGGUGCUUCCCCUACCGAGAACCGGGAAUCGCUCCGCAGAGCGCACGACCGAGCGAGCGAGCGAGCGGCCAGAGCCCCGCGACGCUCCGGUGUCUGUGAACUUGUUGGCUUGAAGUUCUUCCUGUUUGCCCUUCAACAGUCUUAAGGUUUCACACUCCAGAAUGGAGAUCUCCUCUCACCAGUCUCACCUCCUGCAGCAGCUGAAUGAGCAGCGCAGACAGGACGUGUUCUGUGACUGCAGCAUUCUAGUGGAGGGCAAGGUCUUCAAAGCGCAUCGGAACGUGUUGUUCGCGAGCAGUGGCUAUUUUAAAAUGCUGCUUUCUCAGAACUCAAAGGAGGCCAGCCAGCCAGCCACGGCCACGUUUCAGACCUUCUCCCCCGAGACCUUCACCGUCAUCCUGGACUUUGUCUACUCCGGCAAACUCUCUCUUACUGGACAGAACGUGAUAGAAGUGAUGUCUGCCGCCAGCUUCCUUCAGAUGACGGACGUCAUUAGUGUGUGUAAGACUUUCAUUAAGUCUUCCUUGGACAUUAGUGAGAAAGAGAAAGAUCGCUAUUUCAGCCUCUCGGAUAAGGACGCUGGCUCUAAUGGAGUAGAGCCUUCCUCCUUUUACAGUAGCGGCUGGCAGGAGGAAAGCGGCUCCCCCCGCUCUCGCCUGAGCUCAGACCAAGGACCCGGUACAGCAAGUGGCAAGCCAUGGAACAAGUACAGUUACCUCCCAGCCUCCCAGAGGAGUCCUCAACAACCGCUGGUCAAACACGAACAAAGAAAGGACCCCAUGAAGAAGACCAAGCAUUUGAGACUGCCACAGCCAUCUGAAGCUGUUCAGUUUAAGUCCGGCAAAGGAGACGCUCGGACAGCCGACCCCGGCAACCACCUUUCCCAGUCUGAAGAGCAGGCACAGGUUGAUGCUGACGUGGAUUGUGUUCCUGCCGGUUACCAGUACAGCCAAGGGCCUGAUGUCACAUCCAGGAGCUUUCCAGAUGGUCUGUCCAGGCUGCGAUUCAAAUGCCCAUACUGCACACAUGUGGUGAAGCGGAAGGCGGACCUCAAGCGCCACCUGCGCUGUCACACAGGAGAGAGGCCCUACCCAUGUCAGGCUUGUGGGAAACGAUUUAGCAGGCUCGACCAUCUGAGCAGCCAUUUCCGAACAAUUCACCAGGCAUGCAAACUCAUCUGCAGGAAAUGCAAACGUCACGUGACCGACCUCACAGGGCAAGUGGUCCAGGAGGGAACCAGGCGCUACAGACUGUGUAACGAGUGCCUCGCUGAGGUAGACGUGGACAGCCUCCCUGUGGACCUGGAAGCUGAGCGACACCGCGUGUCCCCGGCUGACGGAGAUCAGGAUUGCCGGUGGCACCUGAGCGAAGAAGAGACCAGAUCCAACGGGGAGGUGGUAGAGGACGGGUCUUCCGGUCUGGUCAUACAACAGGUCGAUGAUAGUGAGGAGGAAGAAGAAAAAGAAAUAAAACCCAGCAUCGCGUAGCCUGGAGAGGAGUGACCUGUCAGAGCUGGCUUGCCUGCACCGUACACAGACAUCCUGUGUCUCUCGAAGGGCAGAGCCCGGUUAAUAGGUUUCUUCUACUGACUUAGAAGCAACCUGGUGUGACUUGCAUGCUUUCUGAAUAGGCCACGGAAUCCAUUCUGCACUUUGCUGCUGCACUGGGAAGAUCUUGCUUGCUUUGGCAUGACAGAUGAUCAGUUACCCUUUUCUGUUAUUACAGAUAUCAUUUUCUUUAAAUAUUGGAAAAAUCUAGCAAACUUUUUUGACUAAAAUAUUUUAAAUAAAUCUAUCACAAAACUUUAAGACAAUCUUAUUACAUUUUCAUUUAUUCGCUUUGUUUUGGGGGUGUGGACACAUGCUGGGACACUUGUGGAAGUCAAGAAGAAAAUUUGUAGAAGUUGACUCCUUCUGUCGUGUGAGGUGGAAUUCAGGUUA